GCUGUAGUGGCCGCUUUUGGCUCUUCUCGGUUUCCGUAGUCAGCACUUCCGGCCUUCUGGGUUGGGCUCACCGGAAGCGGCGGAAAGUGGGGGGGAACCAAAGCAGCGGCCAAAAUGGCUGGGCACAGAUUGGUGUUAGUGCUGGGCGACCUUAAUAUUCCUCACCGCUGUAACAGCCUGCCGGCUAAAUUCAAAAAACUGCUGGUUCCGGGCAAAAUCCAGCACAUCCUUUGCACCGGGAACCUCUGCACGAAGGAGAGCUAUGACUACCUCAAGACCUUGGCUGGCGACGUUCAUGUUGUGAGAGGAGAUUUUGAUGAGAACCUGAACUAUCCCGAACAGAAAGUGGUCACUGUGGGGCAGUUUAAGAUCGGGCUGAUCCACGGCCAUCAAGUCAUUCCCUGGGGCGACGUGGCCAGCCUCGCUCUCCUCCAGAGGCAGUUUGACGUCGACAUCCUGAUUUCAGGCCACACGCACAAAUUCGAGGCAUUUGAACACGAAAACAAGUUCUACAUUAACCCAGGGUCAGCCACGGGGGCCUACAGUGCUUUGGAAAACAACAUCAUCCCUUCCUUUGUGCUGAUGGACAUCCAGGCCUCCACAGUUGUCACCUACGUCUAUCAGCUGAUCGGCGACGAUGUCAAAGUGGAAAGAAUCGAGUACAAGAAAUGUUGAAAGCAAGUGGGCCUCCCCUAACUCGCCCCAACCUUUUUUGCAAUAUGUACCCAACAGUCCGUAGUGUUUGCAGCCUUGUGAGUUGACAAGGCGGCUUCUCUUAGCUUGUCGUAGGCAACUAAGUUUACAGCCCCUGACUUCUGACAUCUGCCUUGGUUUAAUUUUUUGUUUUUUUCUCCCCUUUGGGCCCCCAAAAUGGCUCCUGCUUGUAAAUACUACUCAACGUGCGCAGCAGAAUUCUACCUGUUCAUGUGAACUGUUGUAUAAUAAAGACGUUAUUCAAUUUCAA